AGUUUCUUCCUGCGCAUUAAUAGAAAUGCAACAAACUCGUGCAGGAAAUGGUUAAACUUCGCUGCGCGCGGCCAGCUGACCGACCAUGUGACUUUGCGGAAGUAAGCACGUCAACAACAUGAGCGGAGAAUGGCGCGUUAUUUCGCCUUAGUUUUCUUCUUAGGAUGUGCCAGUGAAGUGGUGUGUCUACAGGGUGCAUGUGGGGCCGAGCAGGAGCAGCCCUCAGCCCCGGAGGGAGCGGCAGGCUGCGGCUGUGACAAGCUGAAGAGAGCCGUUGGUGGUGGACAUGGAAGUGUUGUGGAGCUGGGCGAGGACAAGACUCUGUCCGCAGACCCGGCUGUCAAAUACUCCACUGAGGCUAAUGAGAGGACGUCUGAAGCCCAGGGAGAUGAGAAGAAGAUACAGAGUCAGAUGGUGUGGAUUUCUGGAGGAGAGUUUCUGAUGGGAACAGAUGACCCAGCCAUCCCUGCAGAUGGUGAGGGUCCUCAGAGAUGGGUGCACGUGGACUCCUUCUACAUGGACAUCCAGGAAGUUACUAACCAACAGUUCCAGAGCUUCAUCAGUGUCACAGGUUAUGUUACUGAGGCAGAGAAAUUUGGAGACUCAUUUGUAUUCGAGGGAAUUCUGAGUGAGCCAGUUAAAAGCCAAAUCACUCAAGCAGUGGCUGCUGCCCCCUGGUGGCUUCCAGUCAAAGGAGCCAACUGGAGGCACCCUGAGGGUCCAGACUCCAACAUCACAGCCAGGCUGGAUCAUCCUGUUCUACAUGUCUCCUGGGCAGAUGCUGUUGCCUACUGCUCCUGGGCCAACAAGAGACUCCCUACAGAGGCAGAAUGGGAGUAUGCCUGCCGGGGUGGCCUGAAAGACAGACUUUACCCCUGGGGAAACAAGUUAAACCCAAAAGGACAACACUAUGCCAACCUCUGGCAGGGGGAUUUUCCCACACACAACUCUGGAGAGGAUGGCUACGUCAAAACGUCACCGGUGAUGUCCUUUCCUGCUAAUGGUUUUGGUCUGUACGACAUUGUGGGAAACGCAUGGGAGUGGACCUCAGACUGGUGGACUGUGCAUCACACCACAGACCAGCAAUACAAUCCAGUGGGUCCUCCUUCAGGCACGGACAAAGUGAAAAAGGGAGGCUCAUAUAUGUGCCACAAGUCUUACUGCUACAGAUAUCGAUGUGCAGCUCGAAGCCAGAACACGCCGGACAGCUCAGCCUCUAAUCUUGGUUUUCGCUGUGUUUCUCAGGAGCAACGAUGACCUGACCUGCUCGUCUUAAACACAGACUUUCUUAAUCGAGUUGCUCUCCAACCCCAGUAUUGAAUGCAGAGUAAACCCAUGAAUGGAGUGAUGAAUUUGAUGGACAGGCUUUUGCUGCCAUCACAUUACCCUGCAUCGAAAGAUAAUUUUCAAGAAAAAGACAAAGCACUCCAUGAGUGUAGACUCUUGCAAAACUCUUCGAUUUUAUAACUUAUAUUUUUGUAGACUUUUCUUAUUUGAAGUAAAAAAGAAAAUUCUUGAAGUUUGUUCUUUUAGCACCUUUGACCACAGGUGGACAGAGACUUGCUGCUUGAGUCAAAGAACUUUUCAGGUGUAAAGUCAACUUUAGUGGUUGUCCUUGUCAGUCAUAGGACUCACUGAGCUAAAGAUUAAAAGUCAGUUCUUAAUGUAUAAUGACACUGUAAUGUUUCUGUAAAAUUACUGCCAAAUAUUUUGGUAUAAUUCUUUGCGAACACAUGGGGUCUCAUGAGAUCCCAUUUGCCUUAUCUUUGUGUAUAUAUGUAUGCAGAUGAAAAAAAUAAAAAAGCUUUUAAAAUAAAA